AUGCCUCGGCCAUCUUCAAGAUCACCAUCCCCACGGCGGGAAGAUAGGAGAAGAAGCAGAUCACCGCGGCAGAAACACAACGAAGAUAGAGACCGGGAUGAGCAUAGGCGUCGUGAAGGCGGCUUUCGGUGGAAAGAGAAGCGUCGCGUCGAUGACAAAGAGCGGAGAGACGACGUCAGAGGGCUGGAACGUGGAUACAGAGAAAGGGAGAAAGAUCGCUCCAGAACACCACCACCUCGAGAUCUUGAGGGAGAGAGAUAUAGGGAUACAGUCUCUGACAGGGACAGGGACAGGGACAGGAGAAGACAAGAAGGAUAUAAAUAUACAAAGAAAGGGAGCAACGAUAACAAACGUGGGGAUAGGGAUGAGGGCGUAUUCGGUGACCAGGAUAGGAGGGAAAAGAAAAUGGAAAAGCAGCAUAAGGACAAGGACAAGAAACCUCCACCAGUUGCAGCGACGGGGGAACCGAUGAUAAUCGUCAAUGUGAACGAUAGGCUCGGCACGAAAGCAGCUAUUCCGUGCCUGGCGUCAGAUCCAAUCCGUCUCUUUAAAGCCCAGGUUGCAGCACGGAUUGGACGAGAACCUCACGAAAUCCUUCUCAAGCGACAAGGAGAGAGACCGUUCAAGGACCAGCUGACUCUGGAGGACUACGGCGUCAGCAAUGGUGUGCAGCUUGACUUGUGA